AUGGCGCCCACCAGCAAUGCUCGCAUCGUUCUGUCCUCCUUUGUGACAGGGUAUCCCGUACCAGGAAAGGAUAUUACCUUAGACACGACCGGCAAACUCGAUCCUGAUGUUGUUGAAUUGAACGGUGGCUUCUUGACAAAAACCCUCUAUUUAUCACUGGAUCCUUAUCAGAGGGGAAGGAUGGCUGGUCCCACGGUGCACCGCUACUCAUCGCAGUGGAAUCUCGGAGACACACUAGAUAAUCAUGGAAUUGCGGUGGUGGUACGUUCGGAAGUCCCUGCUCUUCCUGCCGGCACAUAUAUCCAGGCGUGGUUGCCUUGGGAAGCCUACACCGUCCAUCCAGCUUCAACGGCGUCGCUAGUGCGCGUUAUCGAGAAAAGGGAGAACGUCCCUCUGAGCACAUAUCUAGAUGUGUUAGGCAUGCCAGGUGAGACGGGGUGGUAUGGGUUAGAAGAGUAUGGUGAACUCAAAGCGGUGAGCUUCUCUGCCCCUCAUAAAGAAGACCUGAAUGAACGCCUUAGCUGGCAGGGCGAAAGCAUCUACGUCUCCACAGGUGCUGGCCCGGUCGGUAGCAUGGUCAUCCAACUUGCGAAGGCCAAAGGUCUGCGAGUAAUUGCCUCAACAGGCAGCGCCGAGAAACUUGCCUUCCUCUCCGAGCUGGGUGUAGAUCGAGCUUUCAACUAUAAGACCACUUCCGUAGCCGAUGAGUUGAGAGAAUUCGGAGGGAUUGAUGUCUACUGGGACAACGUGGGCGGAAAGAUGCGAUUGAAUCUUGAUGAGCUGAUCUACAGAAGUAUCAAGAUGAUCGGGUUCGUCGUCAAUAGGCUCCGCUCGAAGUACCAAUCCGACUUCUACGCCACUGCACCGGGGAUGGUGGCACGGGGAGAACUCAAAUAUCAGGAGGACGUGACCGAGGGCUGGGAAGCGGUCGGAGAAGCGUUUGUGCGGCUCAUGAAAGGACAGAAUGUGGGCAAGGCGAUUGUUCGAGUUGCAGAGGAAUGA